AUUACAGAUUAGUGGGAUGGGCUAAGUUUUAUAGGGCGUGGUCUAGCAGUUCCUUUCAAGAUGGCGACCGGUGCUAAGAAGAAGAGCAAAUCUUUAUCAACAAUUCUAGAGGAACUGGACAGACCGAUAUACGAGUGUAAGUGGAGCGAGGUACAGAACGGACUAAAGAAGAUAUCAAAGAAGAAACCAGUCCCUCCCGCUGUUUUAUCAUUUCUCAAAGCCAUCGAAAAAUUAGAGAACAUUGUGACUACAGGAACUAGAGAUGUCCAUUCCCAAACACUGGGAGAGGUAGAGAAGCUGUUGAAAGAGUCACUGGACGCCUCCUCCUCCAGUGAAGACAGCAACCUCGUGCAAACCCUGAUAAAAAUAAAACAAGGACAAGUGGCUUGGAUGAGAGAUGAAAGGAGACUCUCUCUAUCCUUAUUUCCCCAGAUCAACUCAGCUAGGGUUGACAAUGCUCCACUCCACACAAGCAAGGUCUUUAUGGAGUGUAGCCUCUACACUGGUUUAUGUAUUGAGACAUUACACAGUAACGAUAAGGAGAAGUACGGUCAAGCUAUUGUUGCUUAUGAGGAGUGCCUGCGAUUAGCACUCGAAAUAACGCAACUAUCAAAAACCUCAAACCUUAAUCUCCAUCCUGCCGUAUUCAGUGCCAUACGCACUGUGCUACAGAGAGGUCCUUUGCUAUGCAUGAAGACUGAGAACCCUUUGAGAGCUGUUGGGUUCUUUAGACGCGUACUCAUGAUCAAAGAAGAGUUUAUACAGACACAAGUCAGACACAUUUGCGUAACGAGUAUCACAGUCUGCCUACUCUUCCUCGUCUCUGCUCGGUCCUACUCUCCCAUUACUUUCUCUUUGAAUGUAUUCUCACCCCAACAGCUCGAGGAAGAGACACUCCUUGUCGCUAAUAUAGCCAAGUCUUUCCUUGGAUCAUUAGAGGAUACAAAGAUAGAAGAUGCUUCGGCCAUCUUUGACAUAUUAACCUUAGCAUUUGUCGAUGCACGACUCCCUGGUCUCCUCGUUCAGACGUUAGAGGAGAGUAUGGUGUUUACUUCAGCUGGAAAUCAUCUCUGGCUUCAGUUUGCCCUCUCCUUAGUUAAUAAUAAACUAUAUCAACAAGCAGAGGCCGUCUUUUAUGAAUGUGUCCGGCUAUCACCCACAGAUCCACAUGUCAUCCUCACAGCUUCAAAAUUUGUAUUAGAAACAUGUAAAAAGCCUGAGCUGAGCAUCCAGUGGCUGCAGAGAAGACUCAGGUCAUUUGCAGGCCAUUACCUUGAGCCAGCAUUGUAUUACACACUGGGUGAGGCCCAAGCUACUGUUUCCGAUAACGAGAUUACUUUUCUUAAGAGACAGCAGUUACGUAAGGAGUCUCUGGUCUCGUUUGAGAAAGCUGCCAGUCUUGAUCCUGCUAAUGUCCAAUAUGUUUUCCGUUAUUCGGUACAACUAGCAGUUUCUCGUGAUGUUCCAACUGCCAUGGAGCGUGUUAAUUAUGCCCUCACUCUAUCACACGAUCACCCAGGCUGCCUUCACUUGCUCCUCCUCCUCCUCACUGCUAAAAAGCAAUACAGCGAAGCAUUAAAGAUAUGCGAGCUAGCACUAGCCCAGGACCCUAACAACAUUAGCUUACUCAAGACUAAAGUAUUUUUACAGACAAUCGUUCAUGGCCCCCAAACUGCUCUUCAGUCUUGCAAGAAGUUGCUAAAAAUAUGCCAGAGCCUUUAUAGCGAGAGUGAGCUUUUGGGUGAAGGUGGAGUAGCUGAUCAAGCCUCUCUGUCAGAUUUCCAGCUAAAGAACGUUGAGCGAGAAGAAGUCAACUUUACUAUGAGUCCAGAGAUUGCAUCUGAUGCUGGCUCAUCUCAUUUUAGUAUAUCUACAUCGCCAGCUUCAUUGAAUCCAGUAGCACUAGUUGCCUGUCAAGCUUGGUGUACUAUUGCUGAGGUUUUCCUUAGGAGCGAGCGAUAUUCUGAUGCCUCUCGCUGUGUUCAUGAAGCUCAAUCAUUAGCUCCAUAUAUCCCUAUUGUUUCCAUCACUAAUGGUAAUGUCUUGGAAGCACAGAAGCAACACCAAUUAGCAUUAGAUCAGUACAACAAUGCAUUGGUCCUCAAACCAUACGACACGACAGCCUUAACUUGUAUAGGGAGACUGUUGCAUCUGACAGGGAAACAAGGUCUAGCUGAAAAGAGUCUCCGUGACUCUCUAGCAGUCGACAGACAGAACCACGAGACUUGGUACUGGCUUGGGAAAGUCCUCUCAUCUCAAGGAGAGCAUGAAACAGCUGUCGAUUGCUAUAAGAAAUCGUUGCAGUGCGAGGCCUUGGCCCCACUGAGGAGAUAUGAGUCUGUACUUCAGAGUGACUCUAUGUUGUAACCAUUAUUAUACUUUAUAUGCUAUUCUGAUGAUUAUUAUAUAUAUAAUUACACAUGAUGCCAUACGUCAUGCACAUGAUCAAUAUUGAGAAAUAUUUAUUUUGUUUUAGUUGAUAUUCUUUUUUCGCAAAUCACACGUAUAAACUGAAAA